AUGUUCGUGGGCGGGGGGGACGAACUUGUUAACGAGUUCUUUUCCAGUGAGGAUGUCCUCCACUACCAAGAAAGCAAGCUUGUGGUGAUUGCUUCCAAGCCGACCAUCUCACAGUCAAAUACAAUGAUAUUUUGGAUGGACUGGCUUGGCUUUGGUAGGCCCUCGCACGGGGCGACGACUUGA